AACAAUUAUUCACAUUACUGCGAAUUUUUAAUUGCAUUUCUUACAUUUUAUUUUUAUUAAAUAAACCAUUUUAUUAAUGAGAAAAAAGUGCUAAUACUAAAUAUCUAAGAUUGAAUCCAAUUUGUUUAAAACAAUAUUAUAGCUUAAAAGACAACAUCAAAUCAGUGGAAAUAUUAAUAAUAUUGAGUAGUAAUCUAUUCAACAUUUAAAAAAAUGGCCCCUUUAAAAUGUAUUUUACUAUUUCUUUUCUUUACUACUGAUUUAGUAAUUGGAGUGCGAUAUUCGAGCGGAGAAGGUAGAAUUGAUCGUCGCAUUAAUAGGUUAUUGGUACAUCCACUUAUAAAAAAAUUGGUAGAAGAAGUGGAAAGAUCUGGACUGGAACAUGAAGGAUUGUAUCGCUUAUCUGGUAGUAAAACUGAAGUACAAAAGUUGGAAAAAGAUUGUCAAUUUUUAGACACGGAUAUAUCGCAAUAUGAUGUAACUGCAAUUACAUCAUAUCUCAAAGAACUUUUCCGGAAUUUGAGACCAUCACUUAUCGAUGAAACAACAUUCAAUCAACUCUCAGAUGCCUUGAAAAUGGAAAAUUCGGAAGACUUGAAAAAUAAAAUUACAGAUAUAAUAAUUAAACUUCCACAAGAUAUUCGAGAUACUCUUGCUUACUUAAUGGUACACUUGCAAAAAGUAGUAGAAAAGAAGGAGAUAAAUAGAAUGAAUCCUAAGAACAUUGGUAUAGUCUUUGGACCAACUUUGAUGAAUUCUCAGUAUGAUGACCUAAUGGCAGCCGCUGCUUUAAAUAACCAACAAACGAAGAUCAUUGAGAAACUUUUGGAACUUCCAUCAAGUUUCUGGAAGGAAUUGAUAAAUUAUGAAUCGACUAAAACUGAAUCCAAUGUUUCAAUCUCAAAGGAAGACAAAGAAGGUGCUUGGGGUGGUGCUGCUUCUGCUGAUGCUUCUGCUUCAGAUGAGGGUAGAAUUGAUCGUCGCAUUAAUAGGUUAUUGGUACAUCCACUUAUAAAAAAAUUGGUAGAAGAAGUGGAAAGAUCUGGACUGGAACAUGAAGGAUUGUAUCGCUUAUCUGGUAGUAAAACUGAAGUACAAAAGUUGGAAAAAGAUUGUCAAUUUUUAGACACGGAUAUAUCGCAAUAUGAUGUAACUGCAAUUACAUCAUAUCUCAAAGAACUUUUCCGGAAUUUGAGACCAUCACUUAUCGAUGAAACAACAUUCAAUCAACUCUCAGAUGCCUUGAAAAUGGAAAAUUCGGAAGACUUGAAAAAUAAAAUUACAGAUAUAAUAAUUAAACUUCCACAAGAUAUUCGAGAUACUCUUGCUUACUUAAUGGUACACUUGCAAAAAGUAGUAGAAAAGAAGGAGAUAAAUAGAAUGAAUCCUAAGAACAUUGGUAUAGUCUUUGGACCAACUUUGAUGAAUUCUCAGUAUGAUGACCUAAUGGCAGCCGCUGCUUUAAAUAACCAACAAACGAAGAUCAUUGAGAAACUUUUGGAACUUCCAUCAAGUUUCUGGAAGGAAUUGAUAAAUUAUGAAUCGACUAAAACUGAAUCCAAUGUUUCAAUCUCAAAGGAAGACAAAGAAGGUGCUUGGGGUGGUGCUGCUUCUGCUUCAGAUGAGGGUAGAAUUGAUCGUCGCAUUAAUAGGUUAUUGGUACAUCCACUUAUAAAAAAAUUGGUAGAAGAAGUGGAAAGAUCUGGACUGGAACAUGAAGGAUUGUAUCGCUUAUCUGGUAGUAAAACUGAAGUACAAAAGUUGGAAAAAGAUUGUCAAUUUUUAGACACGGAUAUAUCGCAAUAUGAUGUAACUGCAAUUACAUCAUAUCUCAAAGAACUUUUCCGGAAUUUGAGACCAUCACUUAUCGAUGAAACAACAUUCAAUCAACUCUCAGAUGCCUUGAAAAUGGAAAAUUCGGAAGACUUGAAAAAUAAAAUUACAGAUAUAAUAAUUAAACUUCCACAAGAUAUUCGAGAUACUCUUGCUUACUUAAUGGUACACUUGCAAAAAGUAGUAGAAAAGAAGGAGAUAAAUAGAAUGAAUCCUAAGAACAUUGGUAUAGUCUUUGGACCAACUUUGAUGAAUUCUCAGUAUGAUGACCUAAUGGCAGCCGCUGCUUUAAAUAACCAACAAACGAAGAUCAUUGAGAAACUUUUGGAACUUCCAUCAAGUUUCUGGAAGGAAUUGAUAAAUUAUGAAUCGACUAAAACUGAAUCCAAUGUUUCAAUCUCAAAGGAAGACAAAGAAGGUGCUUGGGGUGGUGCUGCUUCUGCUGAUGCUUCUGCUUCAGAUGAGGGUAGAAUUGAUCGUCGCAUUAAUAGGUUAUUGGUACAUCCACUUAUAAAAAAAUUGGUAGAAGAAGUGGAAAGAUCUGGACUGGAACAUGAAGGAUUGUAUCGCUUAUCUGGUAGUAAAACUGAAGUACAAAAGUUGGAAAAAGAUUGUCAAUUUUUAGACACGGAUAUAUCGCAAUAUGAUGUAACUGCAAUUACAUCAUAUCUCAAAGAACUUUUCCGGAAUUUGAGACCAUCACUUAUCGAUGAAACAACAUUCAAUCAACUCUCAGAUGCCUUGAAAAUGGAAAAUUCGGAAGACUUGAAAAAUAAAAUUACAGAUAUAAUAAUUAAACUUCCACAAGAUAUUCGAGAUACUCUUGCUUACUUAAUGGUACACUUGCAAAAAGUAGUAGAAAAGAAGGAGAUAAAUAGAAUGAAUCCUAAGAACAUUGGUAUAGUCUUUGGACCAACUUUGAUGAAUUCUCAGUAUGAUGACCUAAUGGCAGCCGCUGCUUUAAAUAACCAACAAACGAAGAUCAUUGAGAAACUUUUGGAACUUCCAUCAAGUUUCUGGAAGGAAUUGAUAAAUUAUGAAUCGACUAAAACUGAAUCCAAUGUUUCAAUCUCAAAGGAAGACAAAGAAGGUGCUUGGGGUGGUGCUGCUUCUGCUGAUGCUUCUGCUUCAGAUGAGAUAGUUCAUCCAAGGAGCCAUCUUUGGUCUCAAAUUCAAGAAGCUAGGCUGAAGCCGAUUUCAAAGAGAGUUCAUUCAAAGAGCCAGCUUUGGUCUCAAAUUCACGGAGUUAAGCUGCAGCCGAUUUCAAAGAGAGUUCAUCCAAGGGGCCAUCUUUGGUCUCAAAUUCAAGGAGCUAAGCUGAAGCCGAUUUCACAGGUGCCACGUCGUAUUGUUUUAUCGAAACCUGAAGAUGAUCUAAUGGAUGAAGAAUCAUGAGAUUUAUCGAAACUAUUAGAUAGAGAGAAAGAGAAUACUUCUCCUAAUUCUAAUGAAGAGGACGAUUUGGCUUCCACUAGAUUUUAAGGUGUUAUUUUAACAACAAAAUGGAUUAAAAUAAGAUGCAAUGUUUAAAUCAUUCUAGGAUUAAAAUAAUCUUUUUUGCUCGUUUCUUUUUGUGUAUAGACUGUAUAGAGAACUUAUAGUUUUGUAGUGAGAAGUCAAUGCAAAUAAAGAAAUUUUUAAUAUAAGAAAAUUAA